GACCCUGCGUCUGCUGCUCCAAACUCCAUUAACAUAAUACAAUGAAGCUUCAAUGUGGGUUCAUUACAGUACGCAUGAGAUCUUGAUGAGGGUCAGAACCAGUUUCUUUCUACUGCUCGCAUUGCCAUGUCUUCUUUCACUCCCAUUCCUAAAUGCUCAGUCGUCAUCAUCACCAGCUUCUUCUCCUGGGUUAUCAGCUCGCUCACUGGAUGCCCUUCUUCAGGACUAUGCUUUUAGGGCCUUCAUUAGGCCAAGAACUGGGAUUCCCUACGAUGGGAAAGUGCCCUCUAACCUAACAGGAAUUAGCAUUGCGGCAUUAAGGCUUAGGAGUGGUAGUUUGAGGAUCAGAGGUGUUGAAAGCUAUAAGGAGUUUCAGAUCCCAAGUGGGGUUGUUGAACAGCCUUAUGUGGAGAGGCUUGUUUUGGUGUAUCACAACUUAGGCAAUUGGUCUGACCGUUUUUACCCUUUGCCUGGUUACUCUUAUUUAGCUCCAGUUAUUGGUCUGUUGGCCUAUUCUGCUGCGAAUUUGUCUGCCACUGAGUUGCCUGAACUGGACAUAAGAGCUUCUGAUCAGCCAAUUUUGAUCAAGUUCCCAGAUGUGAAGAAGAAGCAGCAGCCACACUCUGCAUCAUCAUUAUCAUCACCGUCACCCAAAUGUGUGUACUUUGAUUUAAACGGUUCAGUUCAAUUUGACAUUCUACUACCUGGGAAUGUCUGUUCAACAGGUCAACAAGGCCAUUUCUCUAUAGUUGCGGAAGAGUCUGAAUCUCCAUCUCCAUCUCCAUCACCUUCACCAGCUCCUUCUACUUCUGUUGGAGUUCCAAGUGAAAAAUGUCAUGGAAUGAAGAAGAAGAAGUCCUAUAUUCCAUGGAUAAUUGUUGGAUCUUUGGUUGGUGGGUUGGUUUUGUUGAUAGUAUUGUAUCUUUUGCUUGUUAAGGUUAGGAGGUCUAAGGAAACCAGGAGGAUACAGGAAAUGGAGUGGGCUGCAGAAAGCAAUGAACCCUUGCACAUGGCAUCCAUUGGAGGGUCCAAAGCACCUCUAGCUCUGGGGACUCGUACCAGACCAGUCAUAGAAAAUGAUUACGUUCCUUAGAUCUCUAACUCAUUCUUGCAACAGCAUCAUUGUUUGUUUCUUCUUCUUAUUAACUCCUUCACUGGGAUUUUGAUUUUGUCUCUUCAUAAAGAGCUCACAAGCUCGGUUCGCUCAGUUCAGUUUUCUUGGUUUAUAAUCUGUUUGAUUUCUUUGCUGUUUCCCUUUUGCUUACAUUAACAUGUGCUAGGAUCCUUUCUUUUAUGUUACAGAAGAACUUUGCUGUGAAAGAGGUUAUCUGAUCA